AUGUGCGGGGAAGAGUGGGAGCGCCCCGCACCGCACCGAGCAAUCGUGGGGGGUUCACAUCCUCCUCGUAAAGCGAAUGACUUCAUCGCGGGGGUGCAUGCUGGUGGAUAUUGCGGCUUGCGGUGUUUGUUGGCUUGUCUGAAGCACACAGCAGCCCGUUCAUCGAGAGGCAACGAGUGGGCAAACAUCACCAACAAAGGCAUGACGCUCUUCUCUUUGCCUCUUCCUUUCCGCACCAAACCGGCCACUAUGGCAAAACUACCAACCAUUGCUAUAGCAGGACUCGCCUGCGAAACAUCCACAUUUACCCCGUCCCGAACAGACGCUCCGGCCUUCAAACCCCAACGAGGCAAUGAGAUUCUCGACAGAUACAGCUUUCUACACGCAGACCAGCCGACGGGCAAAGCUGCCAUUUGGAAAGGUGCACUGAUUGGACACGCUCUCCCCGGAGGCGUCGUCACGCGCGAGGCCUUUGGGACAUUGGCGGCGGAAAUAGUCGAGCGUUUGAAGGCCAUUGUGGCUGAGGGCGAUCUCGAUGGCUUGUGGUUCGACAUCCACGGUGCCAUGGUCGUUGAGGAGCUCGAUGACAUUGAGGCAGAACUGCUACGCCGCGUCAGAGCAGUCAUUGGCCCUGAUGUUGUUGUUUCGGCGUCGAUGGAUCUUCACGGUAACGUCUCCCGUGAAUUGGCACAUCAGUGCGAUCUGAUCACCUGCUACCGCAUGGCACCCCACGAAGAUACCAUGGAAACGAAGGAGAGAGCCUGUACAAAUCUUAUUGCAGCACUGAGUGAAAAGUCACCCGGCAAGCGGCCGCUCAAGGCGUGGGUCCCUAUCCCAAUCUUGCUACCUGGUGAGCAAACCUCUACAAGAAUGGAGCCAGCCAAGUCCUUAUAUGGUGCCGUUCCGGAAGUAGAAGCCGUGGAUGGUGUCAUCGACGCUGCCAUCUGGGUUGGUUAUGCAUGGGCAGAUGAACCUAGAAACAGAGCCAUUGUCAUGGUCACAGGGUGGAAUGAGAAGGCAGUAGCCGAAGGUGCUGAGAAAUUGGCCAAAUUGUUCUGGAAGUCUCAUGCUGACUUUGAAUUUGUGGCUCCAACGUCAUCCUUUGGCGAGGCCCUCGACCAAGCCGUCAAGUCUCCCGCAAAAGACCGCCCGUUCUUCAUCUCUGAUUCUGGAGACAACCCAACGGCUGGUGGUUCAGGAGACGUGACGUGGGGCUUGACUGAGCUGGUGGCACGGCCCGAAUUCAAGUCGCUAGAUGCAGGAUACACCGUCAUCUACGCCAGCGUGCCCGGACCCGAAGCCAUUGCUAUCGCCGUCGCCGCGGGUGUUGGUGCCAACGUAACAGUUACAACAGGAGCGGCCGUCGACAAUAUCCACGCACCGCCAUUGACUCUGUCCGGCCGCGUGCAUUCCAUCAAGCACGGCGACCGAUGGGCCGAGACCGAAGUCGUCUUGCGUGUUGGAUGUGUCUACGCCAUCCUUACCAAGUACCGUAAGCCGUAUCAUAAGGAAAAGGAUUUUACAGAUUUAAAUCUCGACCCUCGAUCGGCUGAUAUUGUUAUUGUCAAGAUUGGGUAUCUAGAGCCAGAGCUUUAUGAUAUGUCUAAGGGCUGGAUCCUUGCCUUGACGCCGGGGGGCGUUGAUCAGGAUCUUGAACGACUUGGCCAUCACCGAAUUAGACGACCAAUGUGGCCAUUUGAUAAAAAGUUUGACGAGGAGCCAGACUUGAGCACGCGCUGGAUAUCAAAGUCCAACGAGCCUCUGACAGGUCGUGACGAAUAA